AUGAUUUGCUCUCCAAACAUACCUCUAAUAAAAAGACUAUUUUGGCUUCUAAUAUGGCUAGUAUGUUGUUUCGGAGCAUGGUCGGUUUUGAAGACAUCUCUCUCCCUGUUCAGCUCGAAAGUUAUCGCAUAUAAUGUUGACACAAAUUCUUUGGAAUGGGACACUCCCUUCCCAGCUGUUACGUUAUGCGAAACUGUCGACAAUAGUCGGCUUAACGCUUAUCUAAAGAAUAUGGCACACUUCUACAAGCACGUGUCUUACUGGAGCAUUAAAUACUGCCGGCUCUGUGUCUCGUGCGAAAGGAGUGUGACUUGCUCUGACGAUUUUAUUCAACAUGUAGCAAGGAUAAGGGCUAAUUGUACUGAGCUGUUGACGGACUGCUGGUGGGGAGGGGAGUAUUUUCGAUGCUGUAACAGAUUCCGACCGAUCAAAACUGAAUAUGGCGUUUGCUUUUCCUUUAAUUCGGAGUUACACGGUAAUAAGUCAGAUAUUGUGUUCGUGAAUAGAAAAGUUGGCACUCCUAAAUUGGUGUUUACUACUAUUAAUACAGUACUCGUAGAACAAACAGUCAACGAUCCAGCUGUGACGUCAGUGAAGCCAUAUCUGCGCGACUGUUUGUUCAAAGGAGAGAGGCCAACGUUUACAAAGGAUUGGCCAUUUGCUUUCUAUUCAGUGACCGCUUGCAUGCUGUAUUGUAAAGCGAUAACGCAGUACCAGCUGUGCAAUUGUACUUACCAUUUUAUAUCCAGUAUUGUGGUCCGUCUUCUACAGUUGCCAUCUAUAAGAUAUCGGCGAUUUGUCAUACGCGAUAAUCUUGGACUUAUGGUGGACAUCGGUGGCGUGGGCGGAGUGUUUUUUGGUGCUUCGCUUCUCAGCUGUAUCGAAUUUGUGUACUUGUUCUGUAUUCGCCGGAGAUCUUAAGUUACUGUUGUAUGGUUAUGGUUGGUAUCAGUAUCAACCAAUAAAUUAGGAACCUCGGAUUUUAAAACACACGGGCAGACUGAAAA